UGUCUUGGAGCCGGAGAUGACUUGGAAUCCCUUUGUUAUACAAUUGCAUUUAUGUAUGAUUCGAACAAGGCAUAUUGGGACACUGUCAUCAAGGAUCCAUACCAGGCCAUUCAUAUGAAAGAAAGAAAACUCACUUAUCUGUUUGACGGGCUUCCACUAGUAUUUCGAGACUUUUUUAACCAUGUCUACGAUCUUGACAUCACGGUGACACCGGACUACGAAUAUUGGCAGAGCUUGUUCCUGGAGACUGCGGGAACUUGUUCUCGACCAAAAAAACACUUUCGGGAAACGUCACAAGGAAGUUCUAACCAUAACCGACGUCGAAUUGAGCAACAGGUCUGGUGA